UGCGUGAGAGGUGCCAAGCUCUCUUAUGCAUUGUCACUCCACACUCCGUUCACUGCAGGGGAUUGAGCCAUUGGUAGCUACAUAUUUCUAUCUUCACCGAGCUACUGAUAGUGACUUAAAUUUCACUAACUAAAAAAUUAACAGUCUCCGUCGCAUCGGCCCUUGAGCGCCGUGUCAUUUGCGUUUCUUCUAUGCAACCUAUGCCACUCUUCCGGUCCUCUGAGGCUAGAAUUUCAGAGUUAAGCACAUCUGUGUCACACCUGCCUCUCUUCAAGCAGGUGUUACGCGAUCCAGCAGACUCUCAACGGUCUAACUACAACGCAAAAGGUCUGUUUGUCUCUCUGUGGUCCCUCCUGUGGUAGCCUAUAGUAUAUACUUCGGGCGCCGCUGCGGAAGAGGCGAGCAGCGAUGUUGGGGUCCGUCUUCGUGUUGUUCCUGCUGGUUACAACAUAUGUGGGGCAGUCCCAGGGCUUACGACAGUACCCAGCCGACUUUGAGCACCUGCAGCUGCCGUCCUCCUUCCCCUCCGACCUGCUCCUCUUCAUCGCCGUUCCCGUACAGCGUCCAUGGGAGCUGCGGGAGGCGGAGGGCGGCAAGGUGUUGGUGGAGGCGGUGCAGGUGGUGGACGAAGGGAGGGCGGCCAUACCUGGUGACGAGGGAAUAGCCGUUCAGAGACUACGAGACGGGACGAACGUGUCUUUCAGAACGAGUUCGCUCAGUGAGUCAUUUCUGGCGGACGGAGACCUCCCUCGGGCCGUCUUCAACCUCCAAGUGCCGUUCGUGAUACCCCUCGAGCUCGACUUCAUGUACACCCCCGAGAGUACCCCCCUCAAGAUGUGCUCCGUGGACCUGCGCACUUGGCGGGAGAACUCCAUCACCCACAUCAUGAACCAGCUUGGCCUGCCGGACGUGCCGAAGUGGAAUCGCGGGCCAGUGAGGGAGAAGGUGAGGCUGAUCAAGGACAUAAUGGCCUCCAGAACCCACGAAGACUUGCAUAACAACUCGGAGGCGACAGUUGACCUUUUGCAGUACGUGUGUUGGGCCCUGAGUCUGGCGGAGGUCCUCUACCACGACUUCUUGGGGAAUAGCCCCUUGAGGGGGCCACAGUACCAGACCUUGCGGGCAGAGGGCGUGGACACCUACCGCCUUUUACAGAACAGAAUUGCCUUACUGCACCAGGCUUUCCAGGACCUCAACGUCUCCACCUCGAUGUCAGAUGAGCUGGACAACGUGAAAAACAAAGUCACCUCGUCUCUGGAUAAACUGUCUUCCUAAUAACCUCAGCCCCUUCACGUUUGCGGCGUCGAGGAGCUGAACUGAGGCGAGAUGGGACUCCAAAACACAUGAAGAGAGUUUUUGGGCAAGUUUUACAGUCCAAUACAGGAAGUUUGUGAGCUCCCCAACCAAACACAAAAUACGACGAAAAUUCCUUGUUUGGCGUUGAUGGAGAAAGGAGGAAAUUUUAGGAAACCACACAUCAGGAAAUCUCUUUAUUAAUAUCCUUCUCCUUUGUUGUUUUACUUGCAACAUUUAACUAUCAAUCAAUCAAUCAGUAUCUGGUUUUGAGUGGAAAUAACGGAUCAUUGAGGGGAGUAUAGUUUGGUUCGGGCGCUUACAAUGACUCGAGGCCGUAUUUUUAAACAUUUCGUCUCCCAAGUUCACAUAUU